ACAAUUAGUGGCAUCAACUUUUAGAUUCAACCCAAUUCCACAAAUCAGUGCUCUCUCUCUCUCUCUCUCUCUCUCUCUCUCUCUCUCCGUGUAAAUUUUAUUUUGAUAUUUUGUUGUGUUGUCCAAAAGAACUCAUCUAGGAAGACGAAACUGGUGUGCGAUGAAGAAGCUGAACCACCAGCUGGGAUCUCACGCGCCGUCGCCUCUAAAGGAAGGCUUCUACUUUGUUUUAAUAAUCUUAUUCCUAAUGGAAAUUGCUGGAGCUCAAACUACAAGAAAUGCCACCGUUGAUCCUUCUGAAGCAAGAGCUUUGAACUCUAUUUUUCAGCGUUGGGAAAUUUCUGGAACAAAUCAAGGAUGGAACAUUAGCGGCGAAUUAUGCGACGGAGUUGCAACUGAUGAUACAGUAAUUGACAUUAUCAAUCCGGGUAUUAAAUGUGGUUGCUCUUUCAACAAUGGCACCGUUUGCCGCAUUACUGCACUGAGAGUUUAUGCACUGGAUGUUGUAGGUCCAAUACCGAAUGAGCUCUGGAAUUUGACUUACCUUACUAAUCUAAAUCUAGGCCAAAACUAUUUGACAGGUCGACUGCCUGCAUCUAUUGGAAAUCUCACUCGCAUGCAGUACUUGUCUAUUGGAAUUAAUGCAUUAUCAGGGGAGCUUCCAAGGGAACUUGGGAGGUUGACAGACUUAAGAUCGCUGAGUUUCAGUACAAACAAUUUCUCUGGUCCUCUACCAUAUGAGCUUGGGAAUUUAACAAGACUAACUCAAAUUUACUUUGAUAGCGCUGGUGUUAGUGGCCCAAUACCCCCAACAUUUUCAGGUCUGGCGGGAUUGGAGAGAGUGUGGGCCUCAGACAAUGAACUCACUGGUCAGAUCUAUCGUACAAUUCAUUAUCUGGGAGCUUCCCUACAUGGAUCAGUGAACGAAAUUUACAAAUUAAUUUGGUUGCCAACCGCUUCACCAUAG